AUGGAGACCCCCAGCCGGAGGUCGGAUCAUAGCUGCGACCAAUGCAGGAAAGGAAAGAGGAGAUGCGACGCACCGACGCUACAUGACGAUCGGCCCGACUCCUGCUCGAAUUGCAAAAGGUACAAAAAGGACUGUACGUUCCAGUGGCUCUCAACAAGGAAGCACAGCCGCCAUGAACGCCGGAAAAGAGUAGCUGGAGCCAUCAAAAUCAAACCACCAGAAGAGACGGACACGCCUACUACCACCUGUCACAGCAAAUCUUCGAAUGGAAGCCCGCCGUUCGAUGGCGUAGGCAAUGAACCAGAGCACGAAAACCUUGAUACCACCAACACUUAUUCCCAAUUUUCGGCCUGGCACGAAGAUCAACUCACUCAACUUUCCGACACAGCACGUUGCACCCUUGAUUCUAUCCCUCCCAGUAGCAAUCGGCAAGCCGCUGGCGAAGAUAUGAACUAUCAUCAAGAGUUGGACAAGGAAGCAGGCACCCAAGCUGUCCAUAGUGAAUCACUGCCAGGCUCGGUGGGCGCAGCUAUAAAUGACUUCGUUCAAUUUGAGCAAGCAGGCCUUGCAAGUGAAAAUAUGCCUCAAUACUACUACUCUCCUGUUUCGAGACACGCAGCAAAUCGACUUCCAAACCGACAGGUUCUUUGUUCUCUUUCAGAUCAAACCGCUAGGAAAUACGCUCGCUCGACCAUGACGCAAAAUUUAAUUCGCAUAUAUCACGACAGUAUGGAAAACGCGUUGUCAUGUUGGCUCACGGAAAGGAACUGCCCAUAUAGCCGAAUUUCUAGAGAUGGAAAGCCGAAGACAAAACAAAGUGAAUGGGGUCCAACCUUUUCAAAUAGAAUUUGCACACGCGUUUGCCGAUUGGAUUACGCAGCAACAUCAAUUAGGGGACGAUCUCUGAGCGUGGUUGAAGAUAAAAAGGCUUCGCAGGCUCUACACAAGUCCAUUAUGGCAUUUGCUUCUCAAUGGUCCCAGAACUUUCAAAAAGACUCAAAUCAUAUUUCGUCAAAUCCCUUGAUUCAGAAUGAAAAGUCAUUUCGGGAGAGCCUGUGGAACGACGCGAAACAUACACUGGAGAUUUCCGUGGGAAUACCCUCUUUCCGCCUUGUCUUUGCCAAUAUACUCUUCUCUCUCACCCAAAGACCCAUCACGGAUCAAGAAGAGAUUGGACUCGACGGUCUCUUUGAGCAAGACUUGGCACACAUAUUUCUCGAAAACGCUGUUCGUCAAAUGUUCACCUUUCGAUACAAAGCCACUCAACCCCGACUAGGAGGUCGUCGAAAUAUGAAGUUUUCAGAAAAGACAACAGACACCCUGCCAAGCUCUACCAGUACCGAUCCAUCUCUCCAUGAACUUGAGAACCGUGAUACAUUCGACCUUCUCUUCUGGCUAGGGAUCAUGUUUGACACCCAAAUCGCGGCCAUGCACCAACGACCUCCUGUAGUCUCAGACGAAGAUAGCCAAAAGGCUUCAGACUCCGUUUGGAAAAUAUCUCCAUUCGGCGAUACAGAGUCUUCGCUUGACCUCGAUGGGUUCAGUCUUUCGUCUCGUCAGCUACACAACGGGAAGCAGGAUUUGUGGGGCGACUUUCUCCUUCAAAAGCCUGCUGGGUAUCAAACGCCCGAUAAGCCCAUGCCAGCAUGGCCGUUUUCCCACGAGGAGGCAGCCGAAAUACUAUCGGAUGCAGCUCCAGUAAAGGUAUUACUGUGGCGUCGAAUCACUCAACUUCAAACACUCAUCUACCGAGAUGCGGAGCCUGAACUGAUCGAGGAAGGCAUUCAGAAAGCCCUACUGGUAUAUCGACACUGGAACAACACCUACAACAUUUUCAUUUUGAAUUGCGUUUCGAAUCAUGCAGCCUUACCACCUCGGGUACAGUCAUGGUAUGUUGUACUCGCAGCACAUUGGCAUCUUGGUGCAAUGCUUCUAGCAGAUUUAAUCGAAAAUAUCGACCAAACAAACCUGAGCCUAGAGCAUCAGCGCCAGUCACGGAAUGUUAUACAGUUCGCUUGUUCACUCAAGAGAGACAAUGCCUCUGCCGUGGCGACACUUGCUCAAGGCUCGAUAUAUGAAGAUGAGACGAUGAAGCCACAUCCGAGUCAAUUCCAUGACUCUCUCAACGAUGCGGCAUUCCUUACUGAGCCUUUCACCGUUCUUCUCAUUCACUCAUUUGCCAAGUCUGGAUACAUAUUUUUCGAGAACUUGCAAAAUUCAUUGGGCUCUGUCCAUUGCGGACCAAGCGGGUCCGUUGAUCAAUUCCGUCUGGGCUGUGAGAUCUGUAUUCGAGCACUUUUAUGCCUUGGGAGGAAAUCGGAUAUGGCAUCUCUAGUGGCGCGAGGACUUUCCACUAAAUUGAACUCGAAGUUGAAGCCGGAGUUGACGAGUCAGUCAAGUUUGGAUAUGGGGUAUAUUGCAGGCAUGGAGGACUAUUCCUGGGCCUCUGACCCUGCCUUCAACCUGGCGACAUUUCCGACGACGAAUAACGAAUUUUGGAUGUAA